UCUGACCGUUUGUUCGACCCCAUUCCUCAGCAUGAUUGGAUCGCUGUACCCGAAUCCAACGUUACCCUUCCCGAUUCCGAUCUUUAUCGAUAAAACUAUUGUUUCAUAUUUCAAUGAUUUUUUGGUAUUGACACGCGGUAUGCAGGGACAUUUUUCAUGGGCCAGCGCCGUCGGCUCACGCCCUCAUGCUUUCGGCUCGUAUAAAACAUUACUUCUUUCUAUUGCGCCCCGCGCAAAAUGUCAGAGUACGCCCGGUCAACUCACCAUCAAGUAAAGCAAACUUCCCCCAGAAAUGAAGUUGGCGCAAGAUCGUCAACCUUGAAACACAUGACAAUAUCUACUGCUCUUAGUGAAUAUGCGAUGAUCACAUAUAAUGAACCUAAUGCUCUUGGUCUUUGAGCCAUAUAUAAUGACAAUAUCAAUAUGGGGUUCAAUAAACGUCG